UCGCCGCCAUAUUGGAUCGGGCAACUCUCAAAACUCUCACAUCAGGACAGAAGAAAACACACCUGACUCAUCGACAGAUUGGACACCUACAAACCGUCACACGAUAAUAAAAACAGAUCUCGGGGUCUUAUCUUCCACAGCCAUUUGCAAACAGGACAAGGACAGCGUUAAGGAAAGCUGAGGAAAGCUGUUCUCAGAGACGAGACUAUUCCUCCACAGACUAGUGUUGUGUUUGUACUAAACCCAGAGCAGCCCUGAAUGAAUCGACAGAAUGACCAGCUCAUAUUCUAAUACUAUAGACUGCAUUGAUUCAGAAUCAAUUUCGAGAAGCACACACACAUACAUAUAUACAUAUAUAUAUAUAUAUAUAUACAUAAAUGCUGUUUAAAAUGAAAUGUAAAGUGAAAUGUUAUCAUGCUAAGGAUCUGACUGAAAGCCGGUGACUCCACAGUAGAGACAGGUGCAUGUUUUCAACAAUGUUUCACCUGUAUGAGAAAAACAUACAGAGAAUCACUUAAGACACUUUGCUGUAGACCCAUUCCACAUAAUAAUAUUCAUUAAAACUGUAUGUUAACACGUAGGAGCUUGCUGCAUGAAUCCGUGAGUAGGCUACAGUUUACAAAUCCAUGGGAACGGAUUGCAAAAGUGUGCGCGCAGAUUAUGAAUUCGUGGGUACCGAGGGUACCAGUUUAUAAAUACCUUGAUGUUGUUUGGACGCAAGAACCGUGUGUGUGUGUGUGUGUGUGUGUGUGUGUGUGUGUGUGUGUGUGUGUGUGUGUGUGUGUGUGUGUGUGUGUGUGUCUCCUGUCCGUCCUGCAGUGAACAGUCCACCUGGAUGUUCCCGUGUUUGGCUCCUGGGAUGAUCUGAAUCCUCUCAAAGUCCCUCCCCAGGAUGAUGACGUCACAGUCAGAGUAGUAUGCCUGUCCCACGAGCCCCGGACAAAACAACACACACAGUCUGACACUGAUAAUCACAGAGAGUUCUACAUAUCAUCUGAAUGUGAUGUUUUGUUACGUUUUUAUUUAUUUUUUUAAAUCGAAGAAUCAGAGUUUUAAAUGUUUUCAUUUACGGUUAAUAAUCUCUGCUGCUGCUGUUACACUCACAGUCACCAACAGCUUGAAUCAUCCGGACUUUUUGAGUCAAAUAUUUUGGCAAAUUUUUUUUAGCAUUUUUAUUUUAUAUUAGUUCUUAACAUAUCAGACAGUAUCUGCCUUCAUUUUGCAUGCAUGAUUCGUGAAACGCGCUAAUUCGGAGUCCCGAUCUGAAUCAAAUGUUUUGAACUCGCUCCGAAGCCCCGAUCAAAUGAUUCGCGAAACGCGCUUCGGAGUCCCGAUCUGAAUCAAAUGUUUUGCGAACUCCGAAGCCCCGAUCUCAAAUGAUUCGCGAAACGCGAUUCGGAGUCCCGAUCUGAAUCAAAUCUUUUGCGAACUCCGAAGCCCCGAUCUCAAAUGAUUCGGGAAACGCACUUCGGAGUCCCGAUCUGAAUCAAUGUUUUGGAUCCGCCUUCAAGUCGCCAAACCCGCGUGACUGUCAAAUUCGUUUUGGUGCCGCCCAGAGGAUCAGCUCCGCGGGCGGCGCCGUCAAACAGCGGAUCCUGAGCGGACCUAUGCGUGCAUCAGUCGAGAAUUUCUUUGCUGGGACACGGUUGCGCUGAACCCUCUUUUGAAGCAGUAAAUGUGGAGAUGGUACAGGAGCACGAUUACAACAGCCGUCCAGUCCCAGUGCUCUUGCUGAGGCAUGGGAGAAAUAAAGGAGCUGGAAAAAACACCUGCUAGUGACAUCAGCAUCAUCUACACACCUGCUAGUGACAUCAGCAUCAUCUACACGCCUGUUAGUGACAUCAGCAUCGUCUACACGCCUGCUAGUGACAUCAGCAUCGUCUACACACCUGCUAGUGACGUCAGCAUCGUCUACACACCUGCUAGUGACAUCAGCAUCAUCUACACGCCUGUUAGUGACAUCAGCAUCGUCUACACGCCUGCUAGUGACAUCAGCAUCGUCUACACGCCUGCUAGUGACAUCAGCAUCGUCUACACGCCUGCUAGUGACAUCAGCAUCAUCUACACGCCUGCUAGUGACGUCAGCAUCGUCUACACACCUGCUAGUGACAUCAGCAUCAUCUACACACCUGCUAGUGACAUCAGCAUCAUCUACUCACCUGCUAGUGACAUCAGCAUCGUCUACACACCUGCUAGUGACGUCAGCAUCGUCUACACACCUGCUAGUGACGUCAGCAUCGUCUACACACCUGCUAGUGACGUCAGCAUCGUCUACACACCUGCUAGUGACGUCAGCAUCAUCUACACACCUGCUAGUGACAUCAGCAUCAUCUACACACCUGCUAGUGACAUCAGCAUCAUCUACUCACCUGCUAGUGACAUCAGCAUCAUCUACACACCUGCUAGUGUCAUCAGCAUCAUCUACACACCUGCUAGUGACAUCAGCAUCAUCUACUCACCUGCUAGUGACAUCAGCAUCAUCUACUCACCUGCUAGUGACAUCAGCAUCAUCUACACACCUGCUAGUGACAUCAUGCUUCUCUUCACCUGCUAGUAACUUGUCUGCUUUGUGUUAAGCAAAUUUUGCUAUCUUCUAGUAAGUUUAAGCUUUUGUUACCUUCUCAGCCAGAGUUUUAACCAACAUUAUACAUAUAAUCUUUCACAUACUUCUCAGUGUGCUUUUUUUUUU